CUGUUGUGUUUGUUUUAUUAUCCAGAUUUCCAAGUGAUCCAAAUCUGCGUGCUCAAUGGGUUAAGGCCUUGGCAGAAAUUAAUCAGCAACUGAAUGUCGAUGCCUUACCAAAAUAUGCCAAAAUCUGUAAUCUGCAUUUUAGAGCAGAAGAAAUAGAAAAACAUGGUUUCAGGCAUUUUCGUUUGAAACCAAACUCAGUACCAUCAAUAUUUCCAAAUGCAACAAAAAAGAGUGACACAAUUAGACUUUGCCAGUCAAUCGAAGACUUCGGAAUCGCUCAGGGCAAUAAUGCGUUGCUUACGGUUGAGAAUAUGCAACCGCCUGUUCUGAAUCCUGAAUCAAUGGAUUAUGAAGAAGCAGCAAACCCAACAAAUGCUGAAAUAAUCGCUAACCGACAAGAAGCAGAAGAAAUUCCAAUUGAUCAAAUAGUCACAACUCCAAAAAAAAGAAUGCGGUAUCUUGGAGACAUAUUAGACAAUAAGAUUACAGAUAUGAGCCCGAGAACAAUGAUUAAAUCCAUUCGUAUAUUAAAACGAGCAUGUGAGGAAAAGACUAAGACAAUUAAACGGUUGUGUUGUCAAACGCGUCGUCAGAAAAGAAAAAUCAAAAAUAUUUCUGCUGUACUUACAGAAUUGCAACAGAAAUGUUUAUUAUCUUCAGAAUCUUGUAAUGUCUUGCAGGUACUAGAAAAGAUAAGAAUUAUUAUAAAGUGAGUUUGGCAAAGCAAAUCUGAACGUCGGAGUGCUGUCUCUAUCUCAUUCUAUCUUUGUUCAAUUUCAGUAAAUAACAAAGACAGAUUGUGUUGAUAUAGCCUCCAGAUUUGCUUUACCGAAUGCACCCAUUGAAAAUGUCCAGAACUAAAAUAUUAAUUUAGUAAUUAAAAAAUGGUAUUAUUGAAUCCUUUUUGUAUUAUUAUAUAUAUUAUAUUAGAUAUACAUAAUUUGUACAUACAAUGUAUUAUAUACAUUAUAUUUAUAUACAGCAUUUGUACAUACGUAUACAAUUGUUGAUUAGCAGGUGUUUUAUAACUUUUAAUAUAUGCGUUAAAUGUUACAGACUAGAUCUUAUAAUUUUUGUAACUUUUUUUUGCU